GCCGCGCCGCCGCCAUGGCCUACCCGGGGGAGGACUACGACAACGAGGCCGCCUACGACCCCUACGCCUACUCCAACGACUAUGAUAUGCACACGGGAGACCCGAAGCAAGACCUGGCCUACGAGCGCCAGUACGAGCAGCAGACCUACCAGGUGAUCCCCGAAGUGAUCAAAAACUUCAUUCAGUAUUUUCACAAGACGGUGUCGGAUCUCAUUGACCAGAAGGUGUAUGAGCUCCAGGCCAGCCGUGUUUCCAGUGAUGUCAUUGACCAGAAGGUGUACGAGAUCCAAGACAUCUAUGAAAACAGCUGGACAAAGCUGACAGAAAGGUUUUUUAAGAAUACCCCAUGGCCAGAGGCAGAGGCCAUUGCCCCUCAGGUUGGAAACGAUGCUGUUUUCCUCAUCCUAUACAAGGAGCUGUAUUAUAGGCACAUCUACGCCAAAGUCAGUGGGGGGCCCACGCUGGAGCAGAGAUUUGAAUCCUAUUACAACUACUGCAAUCUCUUCAACUACAUCCUCAAUGCUGAUGGCCCUGCUCCUCUGGAACUGCCCAACCAGUGGCUCUGGGAUAUCAUUGAUGAAUUCAUAUACCAGUUCCAGUCUUUCAGCCAGUACCGCUGCAAGACAGCCAAGAAGUCUGAAGAGGAAAUUGAUUUCCUUCGUUCCAACCCCAAGAUCUGGAACGUCCACAGUGUCCUUAAUGUGCUUCACUCUCUGGUGGACAAAUCCAACAUCAACCGACAGCUGGAGGUCUAUACAAGUGGAGGUGACCCUGAAAGCGUGGCUGGUGAAUAUGGUCGCCACUCCCUCUACAAGAUGCUGGGCUAUUUCAGCCUGGUUGGGCUACUGCGUCUGCACUCUCUGCUGGGGGAUUACUACCAAGCGAUCAAGGUUCUGGAGAACAUCGAGCUCAACAAGAAGAGCAUGUACUCCCGGGUGCCUGAGUGCCAGGUGACCACCUAUUACUACGUGGGCUUCGCAUACCUUAUGAUGCGGCGUUACCAGGAUGCCAUCCGUGUCUUUGCCAACAUCCUCCUCUACAUCCAGAGGACCAAGAGCAUGUUUCAGAGGACGACCUACAAGUACGAGAUGAUUAACAAGCAGAAUGAGCAGAUGCACGCACUCCUGGCCAUCGCCCUCACCAUGUACCCCAUGCGCAUAGAUGAGAGCAUCCACCUGCAGCUGCGAGAGAAAUAUGGGGAUAAGAUGCUGCGCAUGCAGAAGGGUGAUGCACAAGUCUACGAGGAGCUCUUCAGUUACGCUUGCCCCAAGUUCCUCUCCCCCGUGGUGCCCAAUUACGACAACGUGCACCCCAACUACCACAAGGAGCCCUUCCUGCAGCAGCUCAAGGUCUUUGCUGAUGAGGUUCAGCAGCAGGCCCAACUCUCCACCAUCCGUAGCUUCCUCAAGCUCUACACCACCAUGCCCGUGGCGAAGCUGGCUGGCUUCUUAGACCUCACGGAGCAGGAGUUUCGUAUCCAGCUGCUUGUCUUCAAGCACAAGAUGAAGAACCUGGUAUGGACCAGUGGCAUAUCUGCCCUGGAUGGGGAGUUCCAGUCUGCCUCUGAGGUUGACUUCUAUAUUGACAAGGACAUGAUCCAUAUUGCGGACACAAAGGUUGCUCGACGCUAUGGGGACUUCUUCAUCCGCCAGAUCCACAAGUUUGAGGAGCUGAAUCGAACCCUGAAGAAGAUGGGCCAGAGACCCUAAAACUUCUGUGGAUGCAGUGAUCAGCCUGAGCAGAGAAGUGGGUGGGAAAGAUUAUGCUCUUUGUGGUGAGGGAGGGGAGCUCAGGGUUCUGGCAUUUCUGGAAUCUCCUGUGACCCUGAAGGUUUUUUGUACUUAAAUAAGCAGACUCGUUUGGCCCAAACUAUUCUACGAAAGACAAGACAUCUAAUAAAUUAGUGGAAUUUUCCUGGUGAGCAUUCAGUAUCUGAUGUGCUCAUUUAUUUUUCCUCUGUGGAAGAAUACAAUUGCCUCUGGAGACAUGGGCAGCUGCUGCUGGUUUGUGCUCUCUUUGGUCCAUGCUGUUGCAGGUAACAGUGGAGAGCAGAUCUCUUUCCAUGCUCUGUAAAGGCACUGCGCGCAGCGAACAGGGAAGGCUGCAGAACUGAUUAACAGGGAGAAAAUGAGCUGUUCCACAGUGUUUCCACAGGAUAUGGAAAGAGAUACAAGCUAAUAUUACUCCUUUUAGCUCUUGCCCCACACAUUGAAUAAACCUGAGUUGUUGCUUUCCUAGAA